AUGUUGCGCUCUCUGAUUAGACGUCUGGUUGUCUGUGCGGAAGCAGACAAGGAUGCGAUCACUAGGCUUACGUUUCGAAUUUUCACCCGAACUGCUCAUCAGAAAUCACUGAUGAUAGGGUUAAUGAAGACACAGCGAUGGAUGCCGGUGCUGGUAAUUGCGCUGGACUCAAGUGAGAACGCCAAACGUCAAGCCUUCUUGGGGAAUCGAGUGGUUGUGGCUGUGGACGAAAAAAAGCCAGUGGCAGCCUUUAUUCACCUUGUGGAAUGCACAACCAUGUUGACUGGUCCCCCACCCAAAACCGUCGACUACCGCGCCUGGAGACCCUGCCACCUGAGCAACAUAGCCACUCUGAAUCAAGCCCUGCUGGAGUUCUAUGAACAGAAUCUGCCCGAACAUCCCUUUUUGAGCUCCCUUCGAAAACCCAGCGUGGCCUUUGAGACCCUGACCACCAACAGGGAUAAGGUCUACUGCCUCAGCGCCUUCACCUCAGAGACGGCCUUCGCGCGAAUCGAAGCGGCCUUCCGGUCGGUCGGUGGCCUCGCCUCCAGUUUCCUGGUUGACAACGAUACACGCAAGAUCAUAAAGUGCCUCAUGGACACAGUACUGGCACACCGUGUGAAUAAUUAUCCUGACCUUGAGUGCCUGCGAGCCCUCCUCGUGCUCUCCGUCUCACCCCUGCUUGAGACGCCGCGGAAGCCCGUUGCCAGCCCGGCGACGACAUCCACGGAGACGAACGCCCAGAUCAACUUCCUUGAUGGCGACCCGAUCGACUGGUAUCCGGCUGUUUUGGCCGGUUUCACCUCACCGGGUCUGAUACUGGGAUUCUUCUGCAUGGCCGUCAAUCGGUUGGACAGCCUCCCCUCCAGUGUGAUGGGUAAGCGCUUGGCCGCACUUAUGCGUGGACAGACAUUAGUUCAGGCACUGCGCGGCUCUACCCGACAGUUCGACCGUUAG